CGCAGAAUUUUCCGAAGACAGAUCUCAUGAAGGUUAUUUUACAGUUAAAAGUUAAAAUCUCUCUCGCUCACCUCUCCUCCUCCUUCUCACGCCGACAACUCCUUCUCAUCUUUCUUACAGCUCCUCUUCUCGGCACCCACAGCUCCCCUAUCACUUCCUCAUCUCACCACAGCUUCUGCGUCACUACCUCCACUACCUCCUCUCGCCGCAACCGCUACUCCCCCCGCAACUGCUACUCCCGCUGAUAUCUCAUCUCUCA